CCGCACCAACUUUCUUUCAUUCGUAUGAGUUGUGAAGAGAUGCGCCAGCUACGUUUGGUGCUACUGAUCUUCUGCAUGGUAACCAUGUCUGAGGCUCUAACGGAAGUUGCCGACGUGGACUGGCGUGAGAGUCUUGGGCUCGGAAAGGAGACGGUGACAAAACUGCAUUUCUAUUUCCACGACAUCUUGAGUGGGGACAAACCAACCGCUGUCCGGGUAGCUCAAGCCGCCACUACCAGCAGCUCGUGGACACUUUUUGGCGCGGUGAUGAUGGCCGAUGACCCAUUGACCGAAGGUCCCGAUCUGAAUUCUAAAGUCGUGGGUCGGGCUCAGGGUCUCUACGGUUCAUCGGGGCAGGAGGAGAUGGGCCUGCUCAUGGUCAUGGACUAUAGUUUCACUGAGCCACCAUACAAUGGUAGCUCCAUCAGCAUCCUUGGGAGGAACAGGGUGUUGAAUACGGUCCGGGAAUUGCCGGUCUUGGGGGGAACCGGCAUGUUCCGAUUCGGACGUGGGGUCGCCAUUGCCAGGACUUACCGGGCCGAUUUCAGUAAUGGGGAUGCAAUUGUCGAGUAUAAUGUCACAGUAGUACAUUAGCCGUUUGUAUGGAAAUCCAUUCACCAAGAUCUCCCCUCGUGAUUCCACAAUCAAAUAUGGUGAUUCCUUUACCAAAUUUGUAAUAUAGGUAGACCAAGUCCAUACCUUUAUCUUUGUUGCAAUUAUACAGCUGUGAAAGAUCCACCGUUACUUGCAAAUUGUAUAAUUUAAGCAAUCUAAGUAAAGAAAGAUCCACCAUUACUUGUACAUCAUAUGAUUUAAGCCAUUUAAAUAUAGAAGAAAUUCAUCAUCUAAA